GGAAGCUAUGCUCAGUCACGUGACCACGCCAGUAAACCCACAUGCACAACAGUGGGCAGGAACUUGUUCGUGUUUGACAAUUUUCAGGUCGUUGGUGUUGUGUACAGGUGGAAAUGGCGUCCCUGGACACACCUGUAAUGGAAGGUUACCUGGAAAAGCAGAGCAGUGGCGUGUCGCGGUUCCUGGGCAAGUCGCGGUUCUGGUGUUCGCUUCAGGAUGGGUGUCUGCAGUACUGCAAGGACGCCAAGAGGUCGUCAGUCGUGGAGUCACUGAUGCUGAGUGAAGCCCAGAUGGUCAGGAAAACCAGUGGAGGCAAGCAGGGGACCCAGUUUGAAAUCAUUACCAAGAAGCAAAGGACGCUGUUGUUUACUGCAGCAUCGACUGAAGAGUGCAGCAACUGGGUACGUCAUCUGCAACAGGCCAUGAUUCACAAGGGCAAGACGACUUCCGGUAGAAGACGUAAUGUCCCCGACGCUGGCUAUGAGGAGAUCUUCAUCGACGACGAGGCGGCUCCAUCCGUGGUUACAAAUACACAUCGGACUGGUUGCGGCAACAGCACCUCGUCUGCAUUGUACGCCGAUGUAGCAGACUGCCUCCCCCCUGGUGGCCCACCAGAAAGGGUGUUGUCGUCUUCAUCAAACAUGUAUGCGGAAGUCGCUGACUUGGUUCCAAGGACGACAAACGAAUAUCUUAACCCUUCGGAAACACAAUUUCGGGAGAAUUCUCUGUAUGUGAUUAACAAGGCUAAAGAGGCAGCAGAAGAAAAAGAACGAGGCGAACAGACGACAUCCUUUGAAGCAGACGACAUGGCCAUUGGUUACUCGACAUUGGAUAGUUACCAAGAUACGGGGGCCAAAACCCAGGAGACGAAGAAACCGCCACUUAAUACUGAAGCAGAUGCUGUUCCUGACUAUGCCACCGUGCAAAAAGUAAAACGGGAUGGCCCAAAGAUCACACUGACACAAGCUCUUUCCCUGGACCAGGAAACAGUAGAGGGCGCUGCUAUUGAGAUUCUUGAUAGUGCAUUGAAAAGGAUUCCAUUGGGACCUGAUCUUCCCGUAUUGAACUGUUUGACAGAAUACGACAGAAAACCAUUGGAUGAUCUCAAAGAAUUCUUGGCCAACAAUCAGAAAUUGUGUCGCACAUCUUAUACAAGGCUUGAUGACAGGAACGAUCCUGUGGCGAGACUUAAAGAACUUCUUCAAGAAAUUGGUUGACCUAUUCAUCGACAAUCGCUUUACUUAAACACAUAUGUACUAUAUAUAAAAAUAACAUGUUGUACAUUUCAUUUCCAAUAAAAUUGAAUUUUAGUCACA